AUGGAUUCUCUCCGCCUAGCCGAACGGCGCAUGCCUUUUAACGUAUCUGAGCUCAAGAGGGUCGCUGCGAAAGCACUCAAUAAACCCGUUGAAGACGUCAAGACGUUAAGAAAGAUCGCUGAAGGUGGUUUUAAUCGUAUCCUGGAGGUGACGAUGAAUGAUGGCGCAUCGAUACUCGCACGUCUUCCCUACCCGUUGACCGUACCACGACGAUUAGCAGUAGCAAGUGAAGUCGCGACACUAGACCUCCUCCGUGCGAACGGAAUAUGUGUACCUCAGGUUCUAGCCUACUCGACUGGUGAGAACGCUGUGUGCGCAGAGUACAUGUUGAUGGAAAGAACGCCAGGAAAGCCGCUUAGUAGUGUAUGGGUUCACUUGACCGAUGAUGAAAGAUUCAAGAUCUUGCAUCAAAUAGUCACCAUGGAAGCCAAGCUAUUCGCUAUGAAGUUGCCAGCCAGUGGCAGCAUAUACUACUCUCGUGACCUGCCUCCGAAGAUGCCCCGGAUAUAUAUACCUGGAUUGGACAACGGCCUGUGCAUAGGUCCGUAUGCACACUCAGUAUGGUGGUACGGCGAACGCAAGGAUCUGGACAUCGACCGUGGUCCUCAUAAUAAUCCUCAGCACGUCCUUCGGAGCUUCGCGGACAAGGAGCUAGCCUGGAUUCAUGCUCACGGUCGACCGCGCUAUCCGUCUGACCGUGAAUACAUCGAAUCGUUCGGUCACAAGAAGCAAGAUCCUGAAGAACAUGCCAGUUCGUUAGAAGGCUACUUGCGUCUUGUUCCUUAUCUUGUACCCGCAGAUCCAACAUCCUACACCCCGACACUUCGACGUCCCGAUCUCACUCCCAAUAACAUAUUGAUAACCGACAACCUUAUCGUAACCGGUUUUAUUGACUGGCAACACGCCAUGGUUCUCCCUGCUUGGCUGACCGCCGGCAUACCACCAGCCUUUGAAAACCACGUGGACGAGGGCUCACGUGGUCUUCAAAUUCCAAAACUCCCGGAUGACCUUCAGUCUAUGGACAAAACCGCACGCGCCAGGGCAGAAGAGCAAUACCGACGUCGACACAUACAUUUCUGGUACCUUGCGUUAACUCGGCAAUUGAACGAGCAGCAUUGGCGGGCUUAUAUGGGGCACGACGGAGCUUUCAUAACGCGUAACAUGUUCCUCCAGGCUGGUAUGAUCUGGCAAGGCAAUAAUGCGCAUCUCCAGAUCGACCUUUCACAAGUCGUCCGCAAUUGGUCAGUCUUUGCGUCAUCCUCCGCCGACGGCAGUAUACCGACCUGCCCAGUCGUCAUCGAAGAACAGGAGAUGCAGAGAAGGGAAAAUCUCAGAAUUUCGCUCCAGGAGGGUGAUGCGUUUAGAACAAACAUGUCGGAGAUGAUGGGCGUUUUACCUGACGGAUCUGUAUCGCACGAAAACUUCCGUGUGGCGAAAGAAAGGGAGAGUAUGAUUAGGGAAGGUGUUUUAACGAAACUCAAAGACGAUCCAUUGGAAGCGGAGAGAGUGCUCCUGACUUGGCCUUUUCAUGACUUUGACGAGGAUGAGUAG